AUGGAAGAGAAUCAACUAGAUCAGGAUACUUCAAACAUCAUGGCCGAUAUUGAAGUGGAUGAUCUGCCAGACGAAAUAAUGGACCUCUUCUAUUCUAUACAAAACUUUUGUUCAGAUGCUGAGAGGCAGCAAGUGAAGGAUCUCACCACCAUCCAUAAAGCAAAUCUUUCAACAAUCAGAUCACGGAUCGAUUGCAUAGACGACCAGAUUGCUCGUCUUCGCUCUCAUUGGAGGAUGUACAAGAUGAGACACACCCACACAAAUGAGGAGUACGACACAACAUGUGAGAAGCGACACACCAGGUCACAAUAUGUCGUUCUUCGUUGUUUCGCAUUUUCAGGUGUGUUGUGCAUAGAUUUGAAACUCCGCACACAAGUUAUGAGUGUGACACGACCACUUUCUCAUCACCACCACUGCCAUUUGCUUGCCUGUGCCCCACCACCCCCCUUGCUCUCUUCCUGCCCGUCUCGCACCCUCACUAUGGCCAACAAGGACCAAGAGAACGGUCACGGGCCCCUUCACACCAGAUGCAAGCCACAAUAA